AUGCGUAGAGAUGGGGAUGAAGGGGGUGAUAGAGAUGAUGGAGGUGAUAGGGAUGACUGGGGUGAUGGAGAUGAUGGGGAUGAUGGGGGUGAUGGGGAUGAUGGGGGUGAUGGGGAUGAAGGGUGUGAUGGGGAUGAUGUGGAUGAUGGGGGUGUAGGGAUGAUGGGGGUGAUGGGUGUGAUUAGGAUGAUGGAGAUGAUGAGGAUGAUGGGGUGUAUGGGGAUGACGUGGAUGAAGGGGGGUGAUGGAGAUGAUGGAGAUGAUAGGGAUGAUGGGGACGAGGGGGGUGAAGGAGAUGAUGGGUGUGAUAGGGAUGAUGGGGAUGAAGGGGGUGAUUGGGAUGAAGGAGCUGAUGGGGAUGAUGGGGGUGAUGGGGAUGAAGGGUGUGAUGGGGAUGAUGUGGAUGAUGGGUGUGAUGGGGAUGAUGGAGAUGAUGGGGACGAAGGGGGUGAUGGGGCUGAUGGGGAUGAUGGAGAUGAUGGUGAUGAAGGGGGUGAUGGGGAUGAUAGGGAUGAUGGGGAUGAUGGGGAUGAAGGGGGUGAUGUGGAUGAUGUGGAUGAUGGAGAUGAUAAAGAUGAAAGAGAUGAUGGAGAUGAUAGGGAUGACGGGGAUGAUGGGGGUGAUGGGGAUGAAGGGGGUGAAGGAGAUGAUGGGGAUGAUGGGGAUGAUGGAGAUGAUGGGAGGGCUGAUGGAGAUGAUGGAGAUGAUUUGGGUGAUGGGGGUAAAGGGGGUGAUGGAGAUGAUGGAGAUGACGGGGGUGAUGGGGAUUAUGGGGAUGAUGGAGUUGAUGGAGAUGAUGGAGAUGAUAGGGAUGAUGGGGAUGAUGGGGAUGACGGGGGUGAUGGGGAUGAUGGGUGUGAUGGGGAUGAUGUGGAUGAUGGAGAUGAUGGAGAUGAUUGGGAUGAUGGGGAUGAUGGGGUUGAUGGGGAUGAUGGAGAUGAUGGGGAUGAUGGGGUUGAUGGGGACGAUGGGGAUGAUGGAGAUGAUGGAGAUGAUAGGGAUAAUGGGGGUGAUGGCGGUGAUGGGGCUGUUUGGGGUGAUGGGGAUAAAGGGGAUGAUGGGGAUGAUAGGGAUGAUGGGGCUGAUGGGGAUGAUGGAGAUGAUGGUGAUGAAGGGGGUGAUGGGGAUGAUAGGGAUGAUGGGGAUGAUGGGGAUGAAGGGGGUGAUGUGGAUGAUGUGGAUGAUGGAGAUGAUAAAGAUGAUAGAGAUGAUGGAGAUGAUAGGGAUGACGGGGAUGAUGGGGGUGAUGGGGAUGAAGGGGGUGAAGGAGAUGAUGGGGAUGAUGGGGAUGAUGGAGAUGAUGGGAGGGCUGAUGGAGAUGAUGGAGAUGAUUUGGGUGAUGGGGGUAAAGGGGGUGAUGGAGAUGAUGGAGAUGACGGGGGUGAUGGGGAUUAUGGGGAUGAUGGAGUUGAUGGAGAUGAUGGAGAUGAUAGGGAUGAUGGGGAUGAUGGGGAUGACGGGGGUGAUGGGGAUGAUGGGUGUGAUGGGGAUGAUGUGGAUGAUGGAGAUGAUGGAGAUGAUUGGGAUGAUGGGGAUGAUGGGGUUGAUGGGGAUGAUGGAGAUGAUGGGGAUGAUGGGGUUGAUGGGGACGAUGGGGAUGAUGGAGAUGAUGGAGAUGAUAGGGAUGAUGGGGGUGAUGGCGGUGAUGGGGCUGUUUGGGGUGAUGGGGAUAAAGGGGAUGAUGGGGAUGAUAGGGAUGAUGGGGUUGAUGGGGAUAAAGAGGGUAAUGGGGGUGAUGUGGAUGAUGGGGAUGAUGGAGAUGAUGGAGAUGAUGGGGGUGAUGGGGAUGAAGGGGCUCAUGGAGAUGAUGGCGAUUAUGGAGAUGAUGGGGAUGAAGGGGGUAAUGGGGGUAAUGGGGGUGAUGGAGAUGAUGGGGAUGACGGGGGUGAUGGGGAUGAUGGGGAUGAUGGAGGAGAUGUGGAUGAUUGGGGUGAUGGGGAUGAUGGGGUUGAUGAUGAGGGGAAUGAUGUGUCUGAUGAGGAUGAUGGGUGUGAUGUGGAUGAUGGAGAUGAUGGAGAUGAUGGAGAUGAUUGGGAUGAUGGGGGUGAUGUGGAUGAUGGAGAUGAUGGAGAUGAUUGGGAUGAUGGGGAUGAUGGGGGUGAUGGCGAUGAUGGAGAUGAUGGAGAUGGGGGUGAUGGAGAUGAUGGAGUUGAUGGGGAUGACGUGGAUGAAGGGGGUGAUGGGGAUGAUGGGGGUGAUGGGGAUGAAGGGUGUGAUGGGGAUGAUGUGGAUGAUGGGUGUGAUGGAGAUGAUGGGGAUGAAGGGGGUGAUGGGGCUGAUGGGGAUGAUGGGAAUGAAGGGGGUGAUAGGGCUGAUGGGGAUGAUGGAGAUGAUGGUUAUGAAGGGGGUGAUGGGGAUGAUGGUUGUAAUGGAGAUUAUGUAGAUGAUGGAGAUGAUGGAUUUGAUGGGGAUGAUGAUGAUGAUGGAGAUGAUGGAGAUGAUGGGGGUGAUGGGGGUGAAGAGGGUGAUGGAGAUGAUGGAGAUGAUGGGGGUGAUGGGGGUGAAGGGGGUGAUGGAGAUGAUGGAGAUUAUGGGGGUUAUGGGGAUUAUGGGGAUGAUGGAGUUGAUGGAGAUGAUAGGGAUGAUGGGGAUGAUGGGGGUGAUGGGAAUGAAGGGGGUGAUAGGGCUGAUGGGGAUGAUGGAGAUGAUGGUGAUGAAGGGGAUGAUGAUGAUGAUGGAGAUGAUGGAGAUGAUGGGGGUGAUGGGGAUGAAGGGGGUGAUAGGGCUGAUGGGGAUGAUGGAGAUGAUGGUGAUGAAGGGGAUGAUGAUGAUGAUGGAGAUGAUGGAGAUGAUGGGGGUGAUGGGGAUGAAGAGGGUGGUGGAGAUGAUGGAGAUGAUUGGGGUGAUGGGGGUGAAGGGGGUGAUGGAGAUGAUGGAGAUUAUGGGGGUUAUGGGGAUUAUGGGGAUGAUGGAGUUGAUGGAGAUGAUAGGAAUGAUGGGGAUGAUGGGGAUGAUGGAGAUGAUGGAGAUGAUCGAGAUGAUGGAGGUGAUGGGGAUGAUGGAGAUGAUGGAGAUGAUAGGGAUGAUGGGGAUGAAGGGGGUGAAGGAGAUGAUGGGUGUGAUGAAGAUGAUUGGGAUGAUGGGGGUGAAGGGAAGAUGGGAGUGAUGUGGAUGUUGGGGAUGAUGGAGGAGAUGUGGAUGAUUGGGGUGAUGGGGAUGAUGGGGUUGAUGAUGAGGGGAAUGAUGUGUCUGAUGAGGAUGAUGGAUGAUGGAGAUGAUUGGGAUGAUGGGGAUGACGGAGGUGAUGGGGAUGACGUGGAUAAAGGGGGUGAUGGGGAUGAUGGAGAUGAUGGAGAUGAUGGAGAUGACGGGGGUGAUGGGGAUUAUGGGGUUGAUGGGGAUGAUGGGUGUGAUGGGGAUGAUGGAGUUGAUGGAGAUGAUGGAGAUGAUGGAGAUGACGGGGGUGAUGGGGAUUAUGGGGUUGAUGGGGAUGAUGGGUGUGAUGGGGAUGAUGGAGUUGAUGGAGAUGAUAGGGAUGAUGGGGAUGAUGGGGGUGAUGGGGAUGAGGGGGGUGAUGGGGGUGAAGAGGGUGAUGGAGAUGAUGGAGAUGAUGGGGGUGAUGGGGGUGAAGGGGGUGAUGGAGAUGAUGGAGAUUAUGGGGGUUAUGGGGAUUAUGGGGAUGAUGGAGUUGAUGGAGAUGAUAGGGAUGAUGGGGAUGAUGGGGGUGAUGGGAAUGAAGGGGGUGAUAGGGCUGAUGGGGAUGAUGGAGAUGAUGGUGAUGAAGGGGAUGAUGAUGAUGAUGGAGAUGAUGGAGAUGAUGGGGGUGAUGGGGAUGAAGAGGGUGGUGGAGAUGAUGGAGAUGAUUGGGGUGAUGGGGGUGAAGGGGGUGAUGGAGAUGAUGGAGAUUAUGGGGGUUAUGGGGAUUAUGGGGAUGAUGGAGUUGAUGGAGAUGAUAGGAAUGAUGGGGAUGAUGGGGAUGAUGGAGAUGAUGGAGAUGAUCGAGAUGAUGGAGGUGAUGGGGAUGAUGGAGAUGAUGGAGAUGAUAGGGAUGAUGGGGAUGAAGGGGGUGAAGGAGAUGAUGGGUGUGAUGAAGAUGAUUGGGAUGAUGGGGGUGAAGGGAAGAUGGGAGUGAUGUGGAUGUUGGGGAUGAUGGAGGAGAUGUGGAUGAUUGGGGUGAUGGGGAUGAUGGGGUUGAUGAUGAGGGGAAUGAUGUGUCUGAUGAGGAUGAUGGAUGAUGGAGAUGAUUGGGAUGAUGGGGAUGACGGAGGUGAUGGGGAUGACGUGGAUAAAGGGGGUGAUGGGGAUGAUGGAGAUGAUGGAGAUGAUGGAGAUGACGGGGGUGAUGGGGAUUAUGGGGUUGAUGGGGAUGAUGGGUGUGAUGGGGAUGAUGGAGUUGAUGGAGAUGAUAGGGAUGAUGGGGAUGAUGGGGGUGAUGGGGAUGAGGGGGGUGAAGGAGAUGAUUGGGGUGAUGGGGGUAAAGGGGGUGAUGGAGAUGAUGGAGAUGACGGGGGUGAUGGGGAUUAUGGGGAUGAUGGAGUUGAUGGAGAUGAUGGAGAUGAUUGGGAUGAUGGGUAUGACGGGGGUGAUGGGGAUGAUGGAGAUGAUGGGGGGGGUGAUGGGGAUGAUGGGGAUGACGUGGAUAAAGGGGGUGAUGGGGAUGAUGGAGAUGAUGGAGAUGAUGGAGAUGACGGGGGUGAUGGGGAUUAUGGGGUUGAUGGGGAAGAUGGGUGUGAUGGGGAUGAUGGAGUUGAUGGAGAUGAUAGGGAUGAUGGGGAUGAUGGGGGUGAUGGGGAUGAGGGGGGUGAAGGAGAUGAUUGGGGUGAUGGGGGUAAAGGGGGUGAUGGAGAUGAUGGAGAUGACGGGGGUGAUGGGGAUUAUGGGGAUGAUGGAGUUGAUGGAGAUGAUGGAGAUGAUGGAGAUGAUUGGGAUGAUGGGGAUGAUGGGGGUGAUGGGGAUGAUGGAGAUGAUGGGGGGGGUGAUGGGGAUGAUGGAGAUGAUGGGAAUAAAGGGGGUGAUAGUUCUGAUGGGGAUGAUGGAGAUGAUGGUGAUGAAGGGGGUGAUGGGGAUGAUUGUUGUAAUGGGGAUUAUGGAGAUGAUGGAGAUGAUGGAUUUGAUGGGGAUGAUGAUGAUGAUGGAGAUGAUGGAGAUGAUGGGGGUGAUGGGGAUGAAGAGGGUGAUGGAGAUGAUGGAGAUGAUGGGGAUGAUUGGGGUGAUGGGGGUGAAGGGGUUGAAGGAGAUGAUGGGGAUGAUGGGGGUGAUGGGGAUGAUGGAGAUGAUGGAGAUGAUUGGGGUGAUGGGGGUAAAGGGGGUGAUGGAGAUGAUGGAGAUGACGGGGGUGAUGGGGAUUAUGGGGAUGAUGGAGUUGAUGGAGAUGAUGGAGAUGAUAGGGAUGAUGGGGAUGAAGAGGGUGGUGGAGAUGAUGGAGAUGAUUGGGGUGAUGGGGGUGAAGGGGGUGAUGGAGAUGAUGGAGAUUAUGGGGGUAAUGGGGAUUAUGGGGAUGAUGGAGUUGAUGGAGAUGAUAGGAAUGAUGGGGAUGAUGGGGAUGAUGGAGAUGAUGGAGAUGAUCGAGAUGAUGGAGGUGAUGGGGGUGAUGGAGAUGAUGGAGAUGAUAGGGAUGAUGGGGAUGAAGGGGGUGAAGGAGAUGAUGGGUGUGAUGAAGAUGAUUGGGAUGAUGGGGGUGAAGGGAAGAUGGGAGUGAUGUGGAUGUUGCGGAUGAUGGAGGAGAUGUGGAUGAUUGGGGUGAUGGGGAUGAUGGGGUUGAUGAUGAGGGGAAUGAUGUGUCUGAUGAGGAUGAUGGAUGAUGGGGAUGACGGAGGUGAUGGGGAUGACGUGGAUAAAGGGGGUGAUGGGGAUGAUGGAGAUGAUGGAGAUGAUGGAGAUGACGGGGGUGAUGGGGAUUAUGGGGUUGAUGGGGAUGAUGGGUGUGAUGGGGAUGAUGGAGUUGAUGGAGAUGAUAGGGAUGAUGGGGAUGAUGGGGGUGAUGGGGAUGAGGGGGGUGAAGGAGAUGAUUGGGGUGAUGGGGGUAAAGGGGGUGAUGGAGAUGAUGGAGAUGACGGGGGUGAUGGGGAUUAUGGGGAUGAUGGAGUUGAUGGAGAUGAUGGAGAUGAUUGGGAUGAUGGGGAUGAUGGGGGUGAUGGGGAUGAUGGAGAUGAUGGGGGGGGUGAUGGGGAUGAUGGGGAUGACGUGGAUAAAGGGGGUGAUGGGGAUGAUGGAGAUGAUGGAGAUGAUGGAGAUGACGGGGGUGAUGGGGAUUAUGGGGUUGAUGGGGAUGAUGGGUGUGAUGGGGAUGAUGGAGUUGAUGGAGAUGAUAGGGAUGAUGGGGAUGAUGGGGGUGAUGGGGAUGAGGGGGGUGAAGGAGAUGAUGGGGGUGAUGGGGAUGAAGGGGCUCAUGGAGAUGAUGGCGAUUAUGGAGAUGAUGGGGAUGAAGGGGGUAAUGGGGGUAAUGGGGGUGAUGGAGAUGAUGGGGAUGACGGGGGUGAUGGGGAUGAUGGGGAUGAUGGAGGAGAUGUGGAUGAUUGGGGUGAUGGGGAUGAUGGGGUUGAUGAUGAGGGGAAUGAUGUGUCUGAUGAGGAUGAUGGGUGUGAUGGGGAUGAUGGAGAUGAUGGAGAUGAUGGGGUGAUGGAGAUGAUGGGGGUGAUGUGGAUGAUGGAGAUGAUGGAGAUGAUGGAGAUGAUUGGGGUGAUGGGGGUGAAGGGGGUGAUGGAGAUGAUGGAGAUUAUGGGGGUUAUGGGGAUUAUGGGGAUGAUGGAGUUGAUGGAGAUGAUAGGGAUGAUGGGGAUGAUGGGGAUGAUGGAGAUGAUGGAGAUGAUCGAGAUGAUGGAGGUGAUGGGGAUGAUGGAGAUGAUGGAGAUGAUAGGGAUGAUGGGGAUGAUGGGGGAAGAUGGGAGUGAUGUGGAUGUUGGGGAUGAUGGAGGAGAUGUGGAUGAUUGGGGUGAUGGGGAUGAUGGGGUCGAUGGGGAUGAAGGGGGUGAAGGAGAUGAUGGGUGUGAUGAAGAUGAUUGGGAUGAUGGGGGUGUAGGGAAGAUGGGAGUGAUGUGGAUGUUGGGGAUGAUGGAGGAGAUGUGGAUGAUUGGGGUGAUGGGGAUGAUGGGGUUGAUGAUGAGGGGAAUGAUGUGUCUGAUGAGGAUGAUGGAUGAUGGAGAUGAUGGAGAUGAUUGGGAUGAUGGGGAUGACGUUGGUGAUGGGGAUGACGUGGAUAAAGGGGGUGAUGGGGAUGAUGGAGAUGAUGGAGAUGAUGGAGAUGACGGGGGUGAUGGGGAUUAUGGGGUUGAUGGGGAUGAUGGAGAUGAUGGAGAUGAUGGGGGUGAUGGGGAUGAAGAGGGUGGUGGAGAUGAUGGAGAUGAUUGGGGUGAUGGGGGUGAAGGGGGUGAUGGAGAUGAUGGAGAUUAUGGGGGUUAUGGGGAUUAUGGGGAUGAUGGAGUUGAUGGAGAUGAUAGGGAUGAUGGGGAUGAUGGGGAUGAUGGAGAUGAUGGAGAUGAUCGAGAUGAUGGAGGUGAUGGGGAUGAUGGAGAUGAUGGAGAUGAUAGGGAUGAUGGGGAUGAUGGGGUCGAUGGGGAUGAAGGGGGUGAAGGAGAUGAUGGGUGUGAGGAAGAUGAUUGGGAUGAUGGGGGUGUAGGGAAGAUGGGAGUGAUGUGGAUGUUGGGGACGAUGGAGGAGAUGUGGAUGAUUGGGGUGAUGGGGAUGAUGGGGUUGAUGAUGAGGGGAAUGAUGUGUCUGAUGAGGAUGAUGGAUGAUGGAGAUGAUUGGGAUGAUGGGGAUGACGGAGGUGAUGGGGAUGACGUGGAUAAAGGGGGUGAUGGGGAUGAUGGAGAUGAUGGAGAUGAUGGAGAUGACGGGGGUGAUGGGGAUUAUGGGGUUGAUGGGGAUGAUGGGUGUGAUGGGGAUGAUGGAGUUGAUGGAGAUGAUAGGGAUGAUGGGGAUGAUGGGGGUGAUGGGGAUGAAGGGGGUGAAGGAGAUGAAGGGGGUGAAGGAGAUGAUGGGUGUGAUGGAGAUGAUUGGGAUGAUGGGGGUGUAGUGAAGAUGGGGGUGAUGUGGAUGUUGGGGAUGAUGGAGGAGAUGUGGAUGAUUGGGGUGAUGGGGAUGAUGGGGUUGAUGAUGAGGGGAAUGAUGUGUCUGAUGCGGAUGAUGGGUGUGAUGGGGAUGAUGGAGAUGAUGGAGAUGAUGGGGGUGAUGGGGAUGAAAGGGGUGAAGGAGAUGAUGGGAGAUGUGGAUGAUUGGGGCGAUGGGGAUGAUGGGGUUGAUGAUGAGGGGAAUGAUGUGUCUGAUGCGGAUGAUGGGUGUGAUGGGGAUGAUGGAGAUGAUGGAGAUGAUGGGGUGAUGGGGAUGAUGGGGGUGAUGUGGAUGAUGGAGAUGAUGGAGAUGAUGGAGAUGAUUGGGAUGAUGGGGAUGAUGGGGGUGAUGGGGAUGAUGGAGAUGAUGGAGAUGGUGACGGUGAUAGCAUAUUUGGAUGAUAGGGGUGAUGGGGAUGAAGAGGGUGAUGGGGAUGAAGGGGGUGAUGGAGAUGAUGGAAAUGAUUGGUGUGAUGGGGAUGAUGGAGAUGAUGGGGAUGAAGGGGGUGAUGGGGAUGAUGGGGAUGAUGGGUGUGAUGUGAAUGUUGGGGGUCAUGGGGAUAAAGGGGAUGAAGGAGAUGAUGGUUGUGAUGGGGAUGAUGUGAUUGAUGUGGAUGAUGGAGAUGAUAAAGAUGAUAGAGAUGAUGGAGAUGAUAGGGAUGAUGGGGAUGAUGGGGGUGAUGGGGAUGAAGGGGGUGAAGGAGAUGAUGGGGAUGAUGGGGAUGAAGAGGGUGGUGGAGAUGAUGGAGAUGAUUGGGGUGAUGGGGGUGAAGGGGGUGAUGGAGAUGAUGGAGAUUAUGGGGGUAAUGGGGAUUAUGGGGAUGAUGGAGUUGAUGGAGAUGAUAGGAAUGAUGGGGAUGAUGGGGAUGAUGGAGAUGAUGGAGAUGAUCGAGAUGAUGGAGGUGAUGGGGGUGAUGGAGAUGAUGGAGAUGAUAGGGAUGAUGGGGAUGAAGGGGGUGAAGGAGAUGAUGGGUGUGAUGAAGAUGAUUGGGAUGAUGGGGGUGAAGGGAAGAUGGGAGUGAUGUGGAUGUUGCGGAUGAUGGAGGAGAUGUGGAUGAUUGGGGUGAUGGGGAUGAUGGGGUUGAUGAUGAGGGGAAUGAUGUGUCUGAUGAGGAUGAUGGGUGUGAUGGGGAUGAUGGAGAUGAUGGAGAUGAUGGGGUGA